GCGUUUGGCCCGUCGGCGCACUGCUGACGCGCAUCGAGAUGCGCCAUGUUGACUAUUAGCGGCAGCCGGCGAGCCGGGCGAGAGGCCGACCGCCGCUUAUCCAACUUUCAAGAUGUUCAGGCGGCCCCAGGUCCUGUUUGCUUCGUGUCCCAGAAGGCAUUUGCAGCUUUUGAGAGAGUCCCACUUGUCUAGUUUCUCUGAGCACACUGCUGCUGGAUGGCGGGGUGCAAGAGACGCGACGAGAAGGCGAUACGAUGGAAUCCCUGGCAGUGAGGAGAGGUCAUUAUCUCGUUCAGCACAGCUGUCUUUAUUAAACCCAAACCGCAACAAUCCGAAGCAGAGCGAGGCUUCGGCCAAAGCCACGUCGUCCAGUCAUCAACACCCUCCUCAGGGUUCUGCCUCACCAAACCCCAAAGCUGUGAGCGCACACCGAGACUGUUUAAUCAACAAAACCGGCCUUCAACCCUGGAGAAGGCCGUGGGACAUUCGCCAACCUUCCCACAGUUCCGCCUGCAAUCCCGAGCGUGACCUUCUCCAAAGCAAGUCAUGCUGCAGACAGCACUUUGUCAGAUCCUUCAGCUCGUUGUCGUGUGCGCCGUGGAUUUCGAACCACUUUCACUGUAGCCGACCACCCUCCAACCUCUCUGCUCCAAUAACCCGAGCGCUUCAUCGGGCUGCCGCUCGGGAGGCCGACGGCUGGAGGGACUGUCUUUCCCCGAUGAAUGAAACCAGGUGUCGACAGAACCUGGUGCCCAACCUGAAGCUGUACGAGGCCGGUAAAAGAGGGGCAGGUCAGAGCCAGGGAAAGAACAAUGGGAGAUGGGCGUCAGUCCUGGUGUCGCUGUGCUCUAAUCAGGGGGAGCCGGCGUUUCUCUUCACCCUGCGCUCCAGCACGUUAAAGGGCCGCCACAAGGGAGAUGUCAGCUUUGCGGGGGGAAAGAGCGAUCCAUCGGAUAGCGAUGUGGUGGCCACGGCGUUGAGGGAAGCAAGGGAAGAGCUGGGUGUUGCUGUGGCAACGGAGAAGGUCUGGGGCAUCUUGAAGCCUCUCAAAGACAUGUCCGGGAUGACCAUCGCUCCUGUGCUGGCUAACCUCGGCCCCAUAGAGGAUUUGUCCUUCAAACCAAACCCUGGCGAGGUGGAGGAGAUUUUCACCCUGUCCUUAUCCCACCUGUACAAUCCUCGAAACCGAGGCUACACAAACUUCCGCACCGGCGACAAGUACGGAUACACUGUGCCGGUGUUUCGUAACGGGAAGCAUCGAGUGUGGGGUCUGACUGCCAUCGCCCUGGAUCACACCCUGAAGCUCAUCGUCCCCCCAUAGCAGCUCAACCGGCUGUAUUUAUUUUAUUUUAGUUCACAUACAGACCUGUCGUGUGACUACGGAUUUGAUGUGAGGUCAAGUUUUGUCAAGCAAAAUAAUGCCAGGAAUCAUUUAGAAUGAAGUAUUUUCUUUUUAUAAAGGUAAAUGUCUUUCCAGUCGGGAGAUAACUUUUUCUUCUUCUUCCAAGUGUGCACUUUCUGAGCCUCAGGUGUAAAAGAAUCUCCACUGAACAGAUCAGGUGUGUAAAGGUGUUGUUCAGCUGUGAUGACGUUCACUGAAAAGCAGCAUCAAUACUUUACUUUAUCUGAUCACUUAUCAGUAUUUCUCUAUAUUGUGAGCGAUUUUGUGUUCAAAAGCUCACUUAUCCUUUAUUCCUGAAUUAUUCUGUACCAGCACUUACCAAAUGAAUUCAUGUUAACAAGCUAAAUGAAUGAGUCAGGCACCACAAUUCUCUUAUGAGGCUUUUUAAUUUUUUUUGUGGGCUCAGCGAGGUGCAGAGACAUCGUUUCCAGUGAGAUUCAGCUCAUGUCCGUUCUCACACUGGAUCAAAUGUUUAAAAACACUGGGCGGCAGAUCAUCGUUUGGUGUGUUGGUGAACAAUGCAAUAAAGAUCGUUUUAAAGCUA